AUGAAACCUGCAAAGACUCUGCCUUUGCUCCUUCUCUCGGAUAUUCCUUUGCUGCGAGUUGCUGCAGCAGAAACAAUGCCCUCCUGCAAUGACACGGACAGCCACGAGCUGCUGCUUAACACCGCUUUCCUUAAGCAACGGCAAACUCUUGAGAGGGAACAAAGAGACUCCCAUCCUCCAACAAAAGGCAAGAUGGAGUCAACAAACCGACAAAGGAAUGCCGAACCUGCAGGUGCCGCUCCGGUAGCUGGUGCUCCUGCUGUUCCUGAUGCUGACCCAGUUGAUCGUUUUGCGGCUGCUCCUGCUGCUGCUCCUGUUGUUCCUUCUUCUGAUGCCUCUGGUUCUGUUUCUCCUGGUGAGUUUAACUCCGCAGAGACUGAUAGUGUCUGUGUGAUUACUGCUGUGCCUGCGCCCCCCGCUGCUGCUGCUGCUGCUGCUGCUGCGGUAGAUGCUCCAGCUGCUGAUUUUGCUGGCGAUUGUGCUUCUGCUUCUGCCGCUCUGCAUGCCCCUGUUGCUACAGAGGCUGUCAAUCGAGUUGGUGCGGCUGCUGCUGCUUCCGCCGUUACGCGUGUCCCUGCAGCUGCUGCUGUACCUGACUGCUCUCUGCGGCUUCGCUUUGACCGUAGGCGCCUUGCAGGGAGAUGUGCGGAGGGCCAUAGGAAAGACGAAAGUGUGCCCUUCUGUCGCUCCUCUGCAUGGAUGGACGCCCCGAUAUACAGCGAACCACCCAAGACUGCAGAGUCGGAAUAA